GUGGAUCUGUUAGACCGCCAUUCUGAACGCGCUCUCACAGAAGUAAAGCAUCUCAUAUUCACCAUGAGUGAGAGGCAGACAACAGAUGCGUUCCCAGGGGUACAGAAGACGGAGCCAAAACCUGAGAUUUUCACUGUCCCCCCACCUCAGCCCAAGAAAAAGAAACCUGGUCAGCUCACUGCCCAGCAGGUCAAACAAUUCUUUGAAGAGGGCUAUGUCGUUGUAGAAGAUUUCUUUACACGCGAAGAACUUGAUGCAUGUAGAGACGCUGUGGCGGGGUUGGUGGAUGAUCUGGCAAAGAAGUUGUAUGAUGGUGGGAAGAUUAAAAAACUGUACAGAGACCAAGGAUUGUUCACCAGACUGACAGCCAUUGAGAAAGAAUUCCCUGGAGCUAACAUUAUUCUCCAUAAAAGCCAAAACAUGCCAAAGGCAAUCCAGGAGCUUUGGACCAAUGAGCGCCUGCUGAAUGCUGUGGAGCAACUGAUUGGGCCAGAUAUAGCAGGCCAUCCUGUGUGGAAUCUGCGUACAAAAACACCCAAAAAUGAAGCCACAACUGUCCCAUGGCACCAAGAUGUUGGCUACCUGGACAACAAUUCCUAUGAAGUUCUGCAGCCCACUGCAUGGAUACCACUUUUGGACUCUAAUGAAAACAAUGGUUGUAUGCAGUUAGUUAAGGGAGGUCACAAGACUGGACGUGUGGCGGAACACGAGUGCUGUGCUGGCAAUACUUGGUACACCAUGUUGACAGAGGAAGAAAUGGAGAAAACCCUGGGUAACUUCCCACUGGAAUUUUUUUUUCUCUCUCAAUACUAG